CAGUGCCAUUACACUCCAAAAAUAAAUAAAUAAAAACAAAACAAACUAGAAAUCCCAGUUAAUUAAUAAUUUGUCGUUAAAAAUGUUCAAUAUACCGGAGGCAAAGCUUCCAGAGAGCCUCAAAGACCAAAACCGUCUAAACGUCCUUUUUGGCCCACUGAGAAAUCGCAGUGUAAACCCAAAAGAUUGGGGUGAUAAAAUAGUAACAUGGAAAUCGAUUAUAAAAAUCUAUUGUGAAUCUACCAACAUUUUCUCGUUUACAUUAGCCUCUCUAAACGACGUAUUUGUAAGGCACGGCAGGCCUCCGCCCUGCCUGGGAGAAGUUAUUUCCGAUAUGAUAAAAAACCAUGAAGUUGAAAUAAUGGAUGUUUUUUUGAGGAAAUCGUCACACUCUUGGGGUGGUUGGUUAACUGAUGUUGCUAUCAAAAGACCUUUGAGUUGGUCCUACAAUACAAUGAAGAAAACGAUAUUUCCUGCAACCACCAACGGACAAUAUGUUCAUUUAGAAGUUAUAAAAACCAAAAGUGAAGCGCUACUAAAACUAAUACCAGAAAGUUUAAGAAACAAAGUCAUUAGCCUCAAAGAUUUAACAACCAUAUUAGGCCCAAACAUACCAAAUAAUGAAAAUUUAAAACUUCUAUUACACUAUUUAGAAAACCAAGAAAAAAUUUCAACUAAAACCCUAACAAAUCACAAUGAAUUAGAUACUGUUUUGUUGAAAAUAGGCGAAGGUAAUUCAGUUGCACCCAUUACAGAUAUAGACGUUGGAAUACACACUUUGGAGCAAAAUGAAAAAUUAAUUUCAAAACAUGUAGAAUCAUUAGAAGAUGAAAUUGAUAAUUGCGUGGAGCAGGCUAAAAUUCAACUUAAGAAGAAACACAAGCAAUUGGCUAAAAGUUGUCUGGUAAAGAAGCACCAGCUCGAGAAGCAACUGGAAAAAAAAGCAAAUGCAUUACACAAUGUACAAAAUUGUUUGGAGCAACUCAAAGGCACUCACACCAACGCUCAUGUUUGGGAAGCAUACAAAAAUGCUUUAGAUGCUUUUAAUACCACUUACAAAGAAACUGGUUUGAAUGAGGAGGCUGUAGAUGACACUAUGCUGAAGCUAGGAGAUAUUAUGGAUCAAAAUGAAGAUGUCCAAGCAGCAUUGGCAAGAUCUCCCACUGGUGACGAUGACACUGCAGCCCUAGAACAAGAAUUGGAAGACCUCCUUAAGGCUGAUUUGGAUGAUAAUCAGCCUCCAGAUGAUAAUAGUGGAGUCAGUGAUGAUUUGGAAAAACGAUUUAAUAUGCUAAAAGUCGAUUUACCAGAAAUUCCAGAUAGUAGUCCAGAAGUUUCAGCACAAGAAGCACUGUAAUGUGGGCUUUAAGCCCGAUUUAUUUAAGUUUAAAAUAUGUUUGUUUAUUGGUGAAUAAAAUUGCUUACUUUUUAUUUUAUGAA